AUGGAAAAUUCUAAAGAUGUUGAUGAUGUUGAUGUCACUAUACCGGUUGCUUCGGUCAGACAGGUCCAAGAUAGGUUUGCUAAUGUGCUGUUUGGGUAUUUUUUGGGAAAGAGAUUAGCGUUUCCUGUUGUUGACUACUAUGUUAAAAAUAGAUGGGAGAAAUAUGGUUUACAAAAGUCGAUGAUGAAUGGGAAGGGAUUCUUUUUCUUUAAGUUCAAUUCUAAGGAAGGAAUGGAUCAAGUGCUGCAAGAUGGUCCUUGGCUGAUUAGGAAUAUUCCGCUAUUUCUGAAACAAUGGUCUCCGAAUACUGAACUAAAAAAGGAAGAAUUGAAGAAAAUUCCAGUAUGGGUGAAAAUGCAUGACGUCCCUUUGGCAGCCUAUACGGAGGACGGACUGAGUUUGAUAGCAUCGAAGAUUGGUAACCCGAUGGUACUUGACAACGAAACGACUAAAAUGUGUAUGGACUCGUGGGGGAGAAGUGGUUUUGCUAGAGCUAUCAUAGAGCUGGAUGCCGAAAAGGAGUUGAAGGAUAGUGUAACUGUUGCUAUACCAAAUAUCGAGGAAGGUGGAUUCCUUAGAAGUAACAUCAGGGUUGAGUAUGAAUGGAAACCUCCAAAAUGCUGCACAUGUAAUGUAUUUGGUCAUGGUGAGGAUGAAUGUCCGAUGAGGACCAAUGAUAAACCUGAAAGAGAAGGGAACGAGAAGGAUAUGAUGGAUGAUCAGGGGUUUCGGAAUGGGAAUAGCAGGAAAAAAACUAUGAAAAAGCAAUAUCAAGUUAGAGAGAAACAGAGAUUUGUGUAUAAACCGAAGAAAGUGGUAGACAAGGCAGACUCGAACAAACCGAGUUCUUCAAAAGGCCCCAGUUUUGUUACUAACAAUCCGUUUAAUGCUCUAAAUGAAGAGGAAGGUGAAGGUGAAGUGGAACCGGAUGAAGUAAGAUUGAACACGGAUGAUGGUAUGCCAAAAUUCAUGGAAGGUAAUCAAGAUGAUACUUCUACAAAAACAGGUGCAAGCACACCUGCUGAGAAGGUUAUCAAUGGAUAG